AGAAAAUUUGCUGGAAAUCAUAUUGUUCAGACACAGCUGAUGAACGACUUAUUGGUAGGCAUUAGAGUUUCAAUGGUGUUAGUACAAAAAGUACAAGUUUUCCAGGGAAAUCUUUGGAAGGCUUCUAGUUCUCCCAUAUGGCAAAGUAUGUGUGGAUUGCUGAAUAUUUUCACCAAGUUUUUAACCGAUGAUGAUCUGUUACAGACUAUUCAUAGUACAUCUGGAUUAGCUAUUAUUCUUUUUAUUAAGACCAUGUUUCAUCCAUCUGAAAAGAUUCCUGAUUUGAUUAGCAGUCUGCUUCUUCGUUCAGUGGACUGCACCAGCAUUCCCGAGUGGUUUUUAAGCAGCUGCAGAAGCCUUUGUUGUGGUGACAUUUCUGGGUCGUCUCUCUUAUUCCUGUGUCAGGGGACGCUCGCCAUGUUGGACUGGCAGGAUGGGAGCAUGGGCCUCUGUGGGGAGACCCUGCUCUUGGAUACUGCAUGUGUUUUGUUCACUUUGAAUUCACAGAUUAAGGAGUCAACACUGGAAAUGUUUCUGUCUAGAAUCUUGGCAUCUUGGACUAAUUCAGCCAUACAUGUCCUUGAAUCAAGUUCUCCAGGCCUAAAGGACAGUCUGAAUGGGAAAUCAAGCAUAGUUGGGAGUCUCUUAGAAUAUGUUUAUACCCACUGGGAACAUCCACUGGAUGCUCUGAGACACCAAACCAAAAUCAUAUUCAAGAAUCUUCUCCAAAUGCACCAGCUCACUAUGGAAGAGACAGAUUUGGUCACUGAUCCUUUCUUUUUGGAAUUGACUGAGAGUCUUCUGCAGUUGGAAUGGCAUAUUAAAGGAAAGUACACAAGCCUUUGUUGUUUGGUAGAGUGUAUAGGAAUUGAACGUAUUUUGGCAGUAGAUAAAACUAUUCCAUCUCAAAUCUUAGAGGUGAUGGGGGACCAGUCAUUAGUACCUUAUGCAAGUGACCUCUUGGAAACCAUGUUUAAAAAUCAUAAAAGUCAUUUGAAAUCUCGGACUAUUGACAGUACUUGGAUUGACCAGUGGCAUGAGACAUGGGUUUCUCCUCUCCUUCUUAUACUGUGUAAAGGAACUGUGGAUCAAAAAUCUUAUGUCAUUGAUUAUUACUUGCCAAAAUUAUUGAAUUACAGCCCUGAGAGCCUAAGGUAUAUGGUAAAGAUUCUUCAGACUUCUAUUGAUGCUAAAACUGGGUCUUUUAGUAGCAGAGGGGCUCUGGGAGCUUUGAUGGCAUGUCUACGAAUAGCUAGAGCUCAUGGACAUCUUCAGUCUACACCUGGUAUCUGGGAGAACCUUGUGUCCAGUGCAAGAAUAAAGCAAGGCUUAAUUCAUCAGCACUGCCAAGUACGGAUAGAUACGUUAGGCUUGCUUUGUGAAAGCAAUCGGAGCACAGAAAUUGUUUCCACAGAAGAAAUGGAGUGGAUUCAGUUCUUCAUCACAUACAACCUGAACUGUCAGUCUCCAGGAGUACGGCAACAGAUUUGUUCUCUUCUUAAAAAGUUGUUUUGUAGGAUACAGGAAAGUUCUCAGGUACUUUACAAAUUGGAGCAAAGUAAAUCCAAAUGUGAGCCAGAGAAUGAGUUAACCAGACAACACCCUUCUGUUUCUUUACAGCAGUAUAAGAAUUUCAUGACGUCCAUUUGCAACAGUCUUUUUGAAGCAUUGUUUCCUGGAUCUUCUUAUUCAACGAGAUUUUCAGCUUUAACUAUUUUAGUCUCAAUAGCUGAAGUUUUUCCUGUCCUAGAAGGUAGUGUUUAUACAGUGUAUCAGCUGAGUCAUGAUAUUGAUGUUGGUCGUUUCCAAACGUUAAUGGAAUGUUUUACCAGCACUUUUGAAGAAGUGAAAAUUUUAGCAUUUGAUCUUCUGAUGAAGUUACCAAAAACAGCUAUACAAUUUCAGGAUUCAGAAAAACUGCAAGGCUUAUUCCAGGCAGCACUGGAGCUUAGCACAAGCACCAAACCAUAUGACUGUGUAACAGCUUCCUACCUGCUGAACUUUUUAAUCUGGCAGAAUGCUCUGCCGUCAUUCCUGUCUGCUCACGUAAAUCAGCAAGUUGCAUGUGGUCAUGGAGAUAAGUCUGCUGUGGUGGAGAGGAACACAGUAUUUGUUAUCAAAUGCUUGAUGGAAAAUCUUGAAGAAGAAAUAUCUCAGGCUGAAAAUUCUCUGCUUCAGGCAGCAGCAUCAUUUCCAAUGUAUGGGCGAGUCCACUGUAUAGCAGGAGCUUUGCAGAAGUUGUCUCUAAACAGUCUGCAGUUGGCGAGUGAAUGGAGACCUGUCGUCGAGAAGCUCCUUUUGAUGUGCUAUAGACUUUCUGCUGUGGUGUCCCCAGUCAUUCAGAGCUCAUCCCCUGAAGGCCUCAUCCCAAUGGACACUGAUACAGAAUCAGCAAGCCGUUUACAGAUGAUUCUGAAUGAGAUUCAGCCACGUGAUACUAAUGAUUACUUUAGCCAAGCCAAAGUAUUGAAAGAAUGUGAUAGCUUUGAUCUGGAGGCCUUGAAUUUCAGUGCGUCAAAAAUUGAUAUUUCUGCAGAAAUCAAAGGUAAAGAAGGAAAAACAUGUGAUGUAACUGCUCAGAUGGUGCUGGUAUGUUGUUGGAGAAGUAUGAAGGAAGUUGCUUUGCUCUUAGGCACACUGUGCCAGCUCCUACCCAUGCAGUCUGUGCCAGAAGCUUCUGAUGGAUUAUUAACAGUGGAGCAGGUAAAAGAAAUAGGAGAUUACUUUAAACAGCACCUUUUACAGUCCAGGCACAGAGGAGCAUUUGAACUGGCUUAUACUGGUUUUGUGAAACUCACUGAAAUACUAAACAGGUGCCCUAAUGUGAGUCUGCAAAAACUGCCAGAACAGUGGUUAUGGAAUGUUUUAGAGGAAAUUAAAUGCAGUGAUCCUUCAUCUAAACUCUGUGCUACGAGGCGCAGUGCUGGAAUUCCUUUCUACAUACAGGCACUGUUGGCAUCUGAACCAAAGAAAGGCAAAAUGGAUUUGUUGAAAAUAACUAUGAAAGAGUUGAUUUCUUUGGCUGGACCCACAGGUGACUCACAGAGCACAGUCCCUCAGGUUCAUGCUUUAAAUAUCCUUAGAGCCUUGUUCAGAGAUACCCGUCUGGGAGAAAAUAUUAUUCCUUAUGUUGCUGAUGGAGCUAAGGCUGCAAUUCUGGGUUUUACAUCCCCAAUCUGGGCAGUGAGAAAUUCAUCCACGCUUCUCUUUAGUACCUUGAUCACAAGAAUUUUUGGAGUGAAAAAGGGAAAGGAUGAACUUUCCAAAACAAAUAGAAUGACAGGGAGAGAGUUUUUCUCUCGUUUCCCAGAACUCUAUCCUUUUCUUCUCAAACAGUUGGAGGCUGUAGCCAAUAAAGUGGACAGUGAUAUGGCAGGACCAAGUCAUCAUACAAGCAUGUUUCUCUUGCUGUUGGUGUUGGAGAGACUCUACCCCUCCCCGAUGGAUGGCACUGCUUCUACUCUCAGCAUGGCGCCUUUUGUCCCCUUCAUUAUGAGAUGUGGUCGCUCACCUGUCUACCGCUCCCGUGAAAUGGCAGCUCGUGCCUUGGUCCCAUUUGUUAUGAUAGACCACAUUCCUAAUACUGUCCGCGCUCUGUUGGACUCGCUUCCCAGCUGCACUGACCAGUAUUUCCGGCAAAACCAUAUUCAUGGGACACUUCUCCAGGUUUUCCAUUUGUUACAAGCUUACUCAGACUCCAAACACAGAACGAAUUCAGACUUUCAGCACGAGCUGGCUGACAUCACUGUUUGUACCAAAGCCAAACUCUGGCUGGCCAAGAGGCAAAAUCCAUGUUUGGUGACUAGAGCUGUAUAUAUUGAUAUUCUCUUCCUGUUGACUUGCUGCCUCAACAAAUCCACAAAGGACAACCAGCCAGUUCUGGAAAGUCUUGGCUUCUGGGAUGACAUCAGAGGAAUUAUCUCAGAAUCAGAGCUGGUAACAGGAUUUCCCUGUACCUUCAAGGUGCCAGGCCUGCCCCAGUACCUCCAGAGCCUCACCAGACUAGCCAUUGCUGCAGUGUGGGCAGUGGUGGCCAAAAGUGGAGAGCAGACAAGGGAUGUUCCCAUCUCCUUCCCUCAGCUGUUGGAAUCCACCUUCCCUGAAGUGCGCUUACUGACCCUGGAAGCCCUGUUGGACAGGUUCUCAUUAGCAGCCUCUGGAUCAGGAGAGAAGGGACUGCUGCCCUUGCUGUGCAACAUGGGAGAGAAGUUCUUGCUUUUGGCAAUGAAGGAAAAUCACCCAGAAUGUUUCUGCAAGAUACUGAAAAUUCUGCAUUGCAUGGACCCUAGUGAAUGGCUUCCCCAGACGGAGCGCUGUGUGCAUCUAACCCCAAAGGAGUUCUUGAUUUGGACAAUGGAUAUUGCUUCUAAUGAAAGAUCUGAAAUUCACAGCGUAGCUUUGAGGCUUGCAUCCAAAGUGAUUGCCCAUCACAUGCAGACACAUGCAGAGGACAGGGACUCAAUAGCCCCUGAGCUGAAGCAGUGGGUUCAGCUGGUUGUCUUGUCCUGUGAAGACCCUCUCCCCACAGGGUCUAGACUAGCCGCUGCUGAAGUCCUUAACAGCACUGCACCAUUUUUCCUCACCAACCCCCAUCCUGUGCUUGAGUUGCAGGAUACGCUUGCUCUCUGGAGGUGUGUCCUCACUCUCUUGCAGAGUGAGGAACAAGCUGUCAGAGAUGCAGCCACGGAAACUGUAACGACCGCCAUGUCACAAGAAAACACCUGCCAGUCAACAGAAUUCGCCUUCUGCCAGGUAGAUGCCUCCAUUGCUCUGGCUCUGGCCCUGGCCGUCCUGUGUGACCUGCUUCAGCAGUGGGACCAGCUGGCCCCUGGACUGCCCAUCCUUCUGGGAUGGCUGUUGGGAGAUAAUGAUGAUCUUGUGAUCUGUGUGGAGAGCCUGCAGCAGGUGGAAGGAGAAUACCUGUUUGAAAAAGAAGAAGUCAACUUCUGGGCUGAAACCCUAAUGUUUGUGAAUUACCUCCGCAAACACCUCCUCCAGCUCCUCUCCAAGUCUGGUUGUCGUCCUCCUAGCCCUGAGAGGCUCUUUCACCUUCAAAGAACAGUGUCAGAGCAGAGCCACCUCCUUUCUCAGCUCUUCAGAGAACUUCCACCAGCUGCUGAGUUUUUGAAGACAGUGGAGUUCACAAAACUGCGCAUUCAGAAGGAAAGGACUUUGGCUUGCUUGAGGCUGCUGGCCUUUCUAGAAGGAAAGGAAGGGGAAGACGCCCUGGUUUUUGGUGCUUUGGACUCUCCUGCAGAAGCAAGGCCAUUAACUCUUCCAAGAACAGAAAUGGCAUGUUGAAGAAGGAAAAUUUGGGGGGGUUGAGGGUAUGUGUGGAUUAUUCAUCCACUAAAUCUAUAGGAGACAUACCUUGAACAUAAAUUCACACCCAGUGUUGUCCCUUUCGUGCCUCCCC